GGCCAAACUGUUGGAAUCUUCACAUGCUUGGCUUGGUGCCUCCACGUCUUCUAUAGCCGACAGCUACCAGUACCAGCUGCAGUCGAUGUGGCAGAAGUGCUGGAACACCAACCAGUCCCUAGUGCACAACCUGCGCUUCCGCGAAAGGGGCCCGCUCAAGUCGUGGCGGCCUGAGACCAUGGCCGAGGCCAUCUUCUCGGUGCUCAAGGAGGGGCUGUCUUUGUCGCAGGCGGCCAGGAAAUAUGAUAUUCCCUAUCCGACGUUCGUGUUGUAUGCGAACAGGGUGCACAAUAUGCUGGGGCCGUCGGCGGACGGAGGGUCAGAUCUGAGACCAAAAGGAAGAGGACGACCACAAAGAAUAUUACUAGGAGUAUGGCCAGAUGAACAUAUAAGAGGAGUCAUAAGAGCAGUUGUAUUCAGAGAUUCACAUCAAAUCAAGGAAGAACCAACACACAUGAAUGCUUAUCCCAGAUUACAUGACGGAGUCACCAUCCAGAGUUACCAAUCCCAGCAGCAGCAGCAGCAGCAGCAACCCCACCCCUCCAAUGGUUCUGACCCCACGGGUAGGGUGGCGGCGGCGGUGGCAGCGGUGGCACAAGGGCUGCGCCAGCAGAUGUGCAGCAUGGUGGCAGCGGCGGCACACGGGCAGAGCUCCUCAGCGCACGACACGAACCCCGUGGCCAGUCUGGUGAACUCGCUGGCGAUGGUGGGACAUUGCGGCAUGCCGCCGAGCAAUGGGGCAGCGCCCAUGGGUAUGGGCCAUGGGGCGGCGAUGCGGAGCAUGAGCAGUCCCGCCGGCAGCAUACAGGAUCUGAGGAUCAGUCCUGCAGAAUCGGGCAUGGAAAGUCCGAUCUCGAGUCCUCUGGGAUUGACGGUAUCCAGCAGCAUGGAACCGUCUAUCAACAUGAGCAUAGGAAAUAACAUGGAUGUGGGCAUCGGCGUCUCCGGCAUGACGUACAAACCGACGCGGUCGUUCGCCUCGCCGCGCCCCGAGAACCUUUUCCAAGAGGACAUCGACGACCUGGUGAAGCCCCUCCAUCCCUCGGCCAACCCCCACCAUACCCAGGACGCGAUGUCGAUCAAGAUGGAGCCGAUGGCGGAGUGCCGGGGCGAUUGAAGGGCCUUCGUUGGGCCUGCAGUGUGCCGAUAAGAUGGGCCAUUGAGGGGCCGUUGUGGGCCCUGCAAUGGGCCCAUGUGAUGGGCGAUUGAAGGGCCGUUGUUGGGCCGACGAUGUGCCGAUGUGAUACUUGUUACGAUGGACUCGCCCUGUUUUGAGGGGGGGCGAGGGUUGUUUGUUCGUUGUGGUAUUGUCAGAGGAUUCGGGGUUUGAGGCAGUGUGGUUAGGAGGGUUGGUGCAGGGUGAGUUGUGUGGAGAGGGGUGGAUGGCGAAAAUAAUGGGAUGGUUGGGUCCAUAUUAAACAUUUUCAUGGGCUGAAAUUUCGAAAAGUACUAUGAGGAAUUUGCUUCACAGAAUGAGAACGGAUUUUCAUUUUUGGUCAGUCGAAACUUGUACAGGGCGGCUGGAAUUCAAGCCUCAUCAACCCAACAGUUUCUGAAUAUAUUUCAAUACACUAUACGAAACUGUUGAUUUUUGUAAACGAAACAUUAAAAAAUGAAGAUUUGUGAUAGCUCAUAGCUUUUGGGUUAUCCAAAGGUGAGAAAAACUGAAAUAAUCAAACCAGGUUUGUAUUUGAAAAAAAUAAGUUGAUGGUUGCCAUGAUGAAGAACUAUUCAUUUCUAUUAAUUUUUUCAGAUAUCCCCGAAAGUAUUCAAAAUCUUCCAAGUUUCAAAACGGCAUUUUGUUACACAUAAAAUUGUGCAAGGAAAAAAACGAUUCAAUCCUUAAAAUAACCUUUAUAUUUUAUGAUAACAAUAAUGAAUGAACUGUAUUGAGAAUAAAUACUCAACAGGCUAUCAACCCAGGUCCUUCAGCCCUUAUGAAAGAUUCCAAAAGAGAAUCCGUCGUUAAUUUUUGUGAAAAAAUCCUAAAGCACAGUACUUUUUUCACAAACGUUAUUUUAUCUGAAAAAAAUCACUUUGUAUAACAGUCAAAUGGAGUUUUUUCAAAAAAUUUCAUUAUUUUCGUACUAUCCAGCCUUCUCAUUUAAAAUCGAAGAUUGGGUCACCCUGUAUAUAGUCGUUAAAUUUAUUCUAGGAAGCCAAAUAUUCGGCCAGUUUCAAAGAAAAAAGACUGUUGCCUAUGCAUGUAUACUAAAAGUAUUCUCACACGACAUGGUCAUUGUAAGUGAACAAGAAUUUUUAGUCCAAUAAACAGGUCCGCUGGAAAGUUGUACAGGGUCGUCCAUAAAAGUAUGUAAUUCAUAAAUUCGUUCAAAUCUACUUGAAAUUAAAAACGCUGACAUGCUUCAAUUACUUUUUUUGAAUUGCUAAUUCUUUUUCUCUCAUGUCAUAUACAGUGUGGCCACCUUACCCACCUGUGAAUUCCUAAUUUGUCCAUGGAUCUUGAUGAACUAUCUUUGUUAGAUAGGCAUUGGAUUUGAUUGCACAGUCAACAAGUGGGUGACUAUAUUUUUGGGCAAAAACUAUUAGAUACUUUUUUAAAUAAAACUGAUGGCAGCUGGUUCUAAUUCAGAAUCACUAAAAGUGUACUUUUACCGAUAUUCAACCCUGUAUUGUUUUACCAGGAUGAUGAAAAUUGGCAAAAGUGUUGUUAUGAAUAAGAUAUAAUAACUAAUAGCAUUUUUUAAACUGAGCAAAUUAAAGUGUUCAAAAUUGAGCAACUACUUGUUGAAUAUGCAAUUUUAAUUCCUUCAUUUUCAAAAAAAAAGUGCAUCAAGAUCGAUCAAUAAUGAUUGUUCUACAGGUAAGUCCUUGAGGUGGAACUGGAAUCACUGUAUACAGGAUGGACAGUUUCAACAAACAUAACGUCAACUAUGUCUCGUUUUUUUUUCAAAUGAAAUACAUCCAGUUCUGAAGAUUCUCCAUGGAGCAUAUCCUAAAUAUCAGGAAUAUGAAUUUCAACAUUUCCAAUGAAACAUUAAUAAAUCUUGCAACUGGUUGACCUGGUUGACUUCAUAUACCUAUUAUUUGGAACAGAAAUGAAGGAAGUGUAUUCCACAAAAUCAAUUGAACAUGUUCCAGCAUGUUCUUACCAGAAUCAUCCACUUGAAUCAAAUGAAUUUAUGUCUCACUCCUAUACAUUCUUUGGAUCUUCGUAUAAUGACCAUGUCGUAUGAGAUGCCCCUUCCUGUAAUCCUAAAUUCGAAAUCACCAUUGAAAAUUGUUCUAGUGGCAGGGAUGAUGCAUCAAUAACAUCCCUCCUUUCCCACUUCAUCCCCUCCAUCACACCCCAACUAACGUAACGUGCCGUAAUAUUCGCCUUGCGACAAUCUGAUUGGAUGAUGCUCGCUACAACAAACUGGAUCACCCUGUAUAUCUGUCGAUGUAGCGAUGUUGCCGUUUUUCAAUUCUAGUCUGAUGAACAAAAACUUUGGUGUGCUAUACAGGUUGCAUAUGUAUGUUACCAAACUCCCAGGGGUGUUUUUUUCCCGAAAAACUCAUGUGAACGUAGGUCCUUGAGAAAGUGUUGUUUUUUAUCCCGAUUUUUGUUAAUGUCGUGACAUUCCUUAAUUCAAUUUUGUUCUGAUUUAGCCAUUAUCGAAUUAAUGAAAAUCGUGUUUUUUUUUUAAAACGUUGGGAAUUCUAUAUCAUGAAAACUCUAUGGAUUUACGACCAUCUACAUUGAGUCUUCUUCCUUUUUGAAAUCAUUCUAAAUAUCACCUGUUUAAGUUUGAUCACAUACUGUAUAGCCGCCAGAUGGUUGGAGGAUAGUAGAUAAUACUCUUUGUAC